GUGCGACCUGAUCGGGAUCAUUCGCAGAGCUGCGGAAGGGGCCAUGGCCUAUUCAAGUUGGCAUCAUGAAGCGGCAACAUUCUGGAGGGUUGGGGGCCCGGGAAUGACAUUCGGAUGACUGCCUCUUCAUCUCCACCUCUAUUUGGGUUGUGGUCUCGUCGCACCACCCACCUUGCAUGCGCUUGUGAGACCAGCUCCCGGCGGGACGAAGAUUUGCAGCAGGGGGAGGAGGCAAGGGCUUGACGAGGAUGUAAGGGAAAAGUUGAAGCUACCCGGCCGCUGGUUUGUGCUCUCUAUUAAGCAUAGAGUACUACAGGCAACCGACAGCUGGAAUGGGCCGCCUCUCGGCAAAGAUGCUUCUCGAAAUGUGGGUAGAAGGAUCGUCGUGGCUGCCAAUGAGCAGAGCUGCUGAGUGCACCUUGAUAGGCGUCGCACCGCAAGAGCUAAAUGAGGGCACGACGCUGCGCUGAUUGGCGGCCCCUUCUGGUGGCCUGCUCAUUGGUUGAGUUCUUGCGCCGAUCUGCUCUCACAUUUCGCAACCGCAUCGACGACCAAGAGCUUGGAAUACAGAGGAUCAUAUUGUAAGGUUCAUGCCAGCUGUCACCAUUCUGCUGCUCCUUACUGGGUUAGCUAUGUAGCGCCAGCUAUGGGUGGCUGGUAACCUUAGAAAGUUUCUUUUACCGCUGUCCCUCGCCAAUCGGUUCCAGCCCGUAAAGAUGCGCAGUGGUGGGGGUUGGACAGAAUGCAAGCCCGAGGCGGAGGAAACCAGAGCGCCAGUCGUUCUACCCCCCCUGAAGGGAUGAUGAAUCCUAAUGUGGGCCCACCGGGCACGAAAUCUGCCCAGGCCUCCAAAAAGGAUGAGGGGGUUGGUGCUGGGGUCACCGGUGGUGCAACGGUUCCCCCCGCAGAAUACAAGUCCACCAGAACGAUCUGGACCCCGGAGGAGGACCGCAAGCUGCGGGAGCACGUGGGAGCCCAUGGGACGCAGGGCUGGUCCCGAUUUGCAAACACCCUCGCGGACCGCUCCGGCAAGCAGUGCCGCAACCGGUGGUACCACGUACUCGACCCGGAGCUGUCACGUGAAGAGUGGACAGAGGAAGAGGAGCAGAUUCUGGUGGACUUGCAUCGGAGGAUUGGAAAGAGGUGGGCGCUCCUGGCGCGUCAGAUCAAGGGCCGGAGCGAAACCGCUGUCAAGAACCACUGGAACUCGGUGAACCGAACCAAGAACCACCCCCCCCGCAACGCCCGCUCCAGUGUCCUCCUAAACUACCUGUUAACCCUCCAACCGGCCAGCCCUCACCAACAAGCGAUUAGCGACUCGACCCCCUCCGCUAGCGCAGAAGAAGCCCGCCAGUCCUUCUCGGCCCCCCUCCCCAAGGAGCCCUCCCGUUCCCUUCCGGGGGGUCUCGUCAGGGCCGAAAGUCUCCCCCUACCGGAGGGGAAACGGAAGUCGCCACCGAAGGACAUCACUUCAGAAGGGGGCCUCGGGAGGCACGUGCUCGAGUCCCCCCCUAAGCGUCAGAAGGGAGGGGAAGCUCUGCCCCGGGGGGGUAAUGACGCCCCUCGUAGGCACCCCCAGCCGCAGAAGAGUACCCCCCUGCAGGGAACCGGGCUUGCUCCGGACGAGCCCACAGAAGCACGGGACCCGUAUUUGGGUCUCCUGUACCCGGGGGAUCCCUUCUCUUCGGGGGCGUAUCCCAGGGGGUUGGAUCCCCAGGAUUGGGCCCGGUUGACUGGGGAGGGGGCCCGAGCCGCCAACCUGGAAGCGGAGUGGUUGCUCGGGGGACUUCGAACCGGAAAUCCCUCUGGCCAAUCGCUUUGGGGGGGCAGGACCGGUCCCGAGGGUGUUCUCGAGACGGCUCUUGGCGCCGCCUACGAUGGGCUGUCCGAACCGGGGGAGGACGGUGCGCGGUUCCGGAUUCCAGACACGCUGUUUUUGCCCCGACAACGCCACUCGUCGCGAGGCACGGCGGUCCCUCGUUCCAGGGGGCUGGAUCCAGCGGACCUGUCCUUGCAGAGCGCGUCGGGACUGCUCGCCGGAAAGGCGGACGAGCGCUUUUCGGGGGGGUGGGCCUCUUCGUUGGUUUCCGGCCGGGGGGAACGAACGAGGCAGGAAACGCGCGCCCCCGAUGCCCCCCCCGACAAGAAGUGGCCGGAGUCGUCCGGCCAAGCGUCGCAGCUGACGCUGGAAUCGAGCCCGACUGGCGUUCUGGGGGGGUUGGGUGGGGCGGAGUUCCAACCCCCCUCGGACGAGGCGGUCACGGAGUUCUUGCAGCGCUGGAAGGCGAACUUUGACAAGUGGGGGGGUGAGGACGCCCCGGUUCUGGGGGGGGGCCGGCGGAUACCUCCGGCCCAGUCAGCGAUAUCGUCAAACUCGGGGACGCGAGGAGAGUCGCACGUGUCAACUCUCCGAACCGAGCCCCCCGAACUGACGGACACUCUCGGGUCCCGCCCCGUGCUUCAGCAACCUGGCCGGGGAAUGGCACCGCCGUUCAAUCCGGGACUUUACCGGAGCUUAGAAGUGGCCCCUCGCCAGGCAAUGGCGCCUUUCCCUGGAGCGCAGCACACCCCGCUUGGUAACGUGACGUGGCGGCAAAACCAGGAGUUGGGCGGGGGUCUUUUUGACGCAUCGCGGGGGGGGCUUCCAACGCAGCCGCGAAGCCUCGCCGCUGGCCUCCGGGAAGCGGACCUUUUUCCACGGUACGUUGAAUCGGGGAGUGAUGUGCCGGAGAUCCCCCGGCUGAGCACGGACCAGCUGUUGUUGCUGCUCGAGAGCUACCGGAGGCUGGACGCGGUGGAUCCCCCGGGGGGGCUCACGGGCGUACCGGCGUCGUUUGGAGGAUCCCUCGAGACGGGCCGAGGGGAGCCGCAGAGUCGCCGGCACGCGGAGGCGGAGCAGCUAGCGACCGCCCGCAGCUUGACCCACUUAGAGCUAACCGGCGCCUCUAACCCGAACCCGGCGCCAGACCCUAGUGCGCCCGGGGGUGGGGCAAGGUCCCCGCGGCGGGGCGGGAUAGCCCGCGAGAUUCAGAUUAGCCCUAACCUUCCAAUGUCGCUUGCUGGAUUACCUAACUUCCCCCGGUAUGGGGAAGCCUUAGCGGCGGGCCGCUCUAACCAGAUUUUUCCGACGACUCUGGCGAUGACCCCUAACAUUAGCUUUGGCGAGCAUCUGAGCCAGCUGGCCUCCAUCGCUCCGGCGCCCAACUUCCAGUAUUUUCAAAGCGACCGGCCGCUGUACCGGGCCGGCCACCAGGCGCCGGCAUUGCCUUUCCUAACCCAUCAGGGUGACUUGUCCGCACUGCCCGGGGGUGUGUACCGGGCACUAGGGCCCGACCCGGAAGCUAGAGUACCUGCGGCGGCAUUCGCGCCGGCGGACGACGCCGGGCGGAGCGCCUUAAGCGAGCAGCAGCGAGUAGCUAGAGCGAUGCCCGCGAGUAGCGCGUUGUGGGGCCCGUCGAUGAACCUCCUGCGCGACGAGAGCCUCCCGGAAAGCAGAAGCGCCACAUCCGGGGUGGCCACGUCAUCGGAGCUUCCGCCGAAGCCGUCCGGAAACGAGGCGGAGAACAGUGCCGGCGGGAGCGUGGUACCGGAUAUGUGGGACGCAACAUUUUUGGGGCCUUGAAGUGGGUGUAAACGGAAAGUAGAACUUGCGGUCUGGGAAGACCUGGGUGUAAGCCGAGUGUUGAUCCUUCCGGACGGCGAGCCUUAGGAAAUGCCCAUUGUCAAAGGUUGUCAGGCAGCGCCGGGUUCAAGUGUUGUCGUCAAACCGGUACGCCCAUUCUGAGGCAAUCAGCCUCCGGGUCCUAAGCUGCUUUUACGGGUCCGGCCAAAGGUAUUUUGAUUUGCUUGUCUUUCAUAAAGUCCGUGGAGUUACUUGUAUGUGCACGCUAGGUGCUUAGCUCAGACCAGGUUGAGCUGCAGUUGAUUGGUUACAAUCUCUAACAAAAGGUGUAUGUCGUACAACAGGUUUCGUUGGUCUAUUUACUCACUCCGCUAACCGUAAAUAACCCCCGCGUCAAUGCUAGAUUGACGUGGACAUUGCAUCGAGCUGAUCACGAACCUAUGCAAAACGGCCGUCCGACUUGAACAUAAUAAACAUAUCCACAUAGUUGUCAAUUUUAGGGUAGUGGUUAUAGCCAGUUGAUUGUAAAGUAAUUUACAAUGAGAGCUUCAAUUGCAGAAUAUCUAAAGCAAACUGGCAAGUGACCCAUAAAUGAUACAUUGCUUAUUGAUUUGUACACAAGAUCGCCAUUCGUUGAGUCUAGAACCUAAACUUCUCUUUUCC